ACUUGGAUGAAAAUUGAAAAAACUAUUAAAUCACUUUUUAUAUUGUUUAUUUCUUCUUAAAUUACGCGGUUUCUGUCUCUUCGAAAGCAGAAAAAGAAGAUUUUGAACUGAAUCAUCAUCAACCACUCUCCCAUGGCUGGACCAUCAUGGUUGGUUGACAAAAGUAGAAUUGCGACCAAAAUUAAAUGUGCAUCAGGAACAUGUGAUCCUGAAAAGAUUAUAUGGAGCAGCAAUCCUACAAAGCCUUGCCCAAAUUGUCAACAUGAUAUUGACAACAGUGAUGUAGCACAAGAGUGGCCUGGCUUACCAAAAGGUGUCAAAUUUGAUCCAUCUGAUCAAGAGAUAAUCUGGCACUUGCUUGCAAAAGUGGGGGUAGAAGGUUCCAAACCUCAUCCUUUCAUUGAUGAAUUUAUUACUAGUCUUGAAGAAGAUGAUGGGAUUUGCUAUACUCAUCCUAAAAGUUUACCUGGUAUUAAGCAAGAUGGAAGUGCUUCGUUCUUUUUUCAUAGAGCAAUCAAGGCUUACAACACUGGCAACCGAAAGCGUAGAAAGAUAACAAGUCAAGAUUUUGGUGAGGCCCGCUGGCACAAGACUGGAAAGACUAAACCAAUUGUCUUGGGUGGGGCUCGAAAAGGAUGGAAAAAGAUUAUGGUUCUGUAUGAAAAUAAUAUAGGAGGAGGAAAAGAUGAAAAAACUAAUUGGGUUAUGCAUGAAUAUCAUCUAGGAGCAAAAGAAGAUGAAAAUGAUGGGGAGUACAUUUUCUCUAAAGUGUUUUACCAGCAACAAGUGAAAUUGGGUGAUAAAGAUGAUCAAGAUGUUACUGAAGCAACUGAAGCAACAAUUGUGAAGGUGGUUCCAAACACUCCCAAAUUGGUGACACUUGAUCCUCCUUGCAACAAAAGGCAUUGUGCAAAUCUGGACCAAGGACAAGAAACACAUAGUCUACUGCUGUCUCAGAUGGAUUGUUUACAUGAAAUUCAAGAUGAUUGCCAAGAACUUGCAACUGAAUCUCAAAAUGAAGGGGUGGAAAAUAAAGAAAGUAAUGCUGAGGAAGGCUCGAAAUGGUGGGACAGCCAGUCACAGAAUAUGUUGGAUUCGCAACAACUGGUUGAAGCUCUGUCUCUGUGUGACGAUCUCCUCUACAGCCAGUCUCCCAGUAGAGAUGGAAAACAUGAAGAUCAUAAGAGCCAACCUGGUCUUUCUGUUUAUGCUCAGCUAGGACCAGAAUGUCUGAAGAAGGAUAUUGAAGAGUGUCAAAAUCUUGUUGUCCAUGAUCCUGCAAAUAUAGUGAAUGAUAACCCUUCAGAGAUUCGACUAAGUCAGCUGGAAUUUAGUUCACAGGACAGUUUUAUUUCCUGGGGAUACAACAAGGCUGUGAACUAAUUUAGUUCCUCACCUUGGCUAGGGAAAUACUUUUCGUAGCUGCAUUUUGUUGUGUCCUAUCUUAAUUAUGGGCUAAAAUAUUUUCCAUUUUGGCUGAAGUAAACUCAAUUAUUACUCGCUGUCUGAUUGGACUGUAAUGAAAGACAAUGAACUUUAUUGCUUGAUA